UUAUAACCAAAGUCUCCAACUUUCUUUUCCCCCUCAAACAACCUGAAUCCAACGCUUGUGCAAAUGGCGCAAAACCCAAAUUCCGAUAUCCGUCUUGCACUAAUCUCCCUCUUCUUUCUCGUCCCCGUCAUCGUUUCCGUCUCCGUUUCCGAUUCUGAUCAUAACCCACCAACAGUUUACGAAAUCUUGCCCAAGUUCGGUCUCCCGAGCGGCCUCCUGCCGAGCACGGUCUCGAACUUCACCUUCCAGAGCGACGGCAGGUUCACCGUGGAAUUGGAGAAGCCUUGCUAUGUGCAAUUCGAAUACUUGGUGUACUACGACAAGACCAUCACGGGGAAGCUCGGUUAUGGCUCCAUAACUGAGUUGGAGGGCAUUCAGGUCCAGCGCUUCUUCUUUUGGUUCAAUGUGGACGAGAUCAACGUCGAUUUGCCGCCGUCUGAUUCGAUUUAUUUCCAAUUCGGGUUGGUCAACAAGAGGCUCGACGUUGAUCAGUUCAAGUCUGUGCAUUCUUGCCGUGAUGGGCGGAAGGGACCUUACCCGGGUUCUUGUAAAUGGUUUCUUGAGCUUCCAACGCCUACAGAAGACAUCCCAAUGCUAAUUACAGAAUAGCUGCCAUCAAUUGCUUCCGUGGCAUGGGAGAUGAACAUAGAAUCUUCUUAGCACAUUGUAGAUGGUAAUUUCCAGACUCAAUAUUACAAGUCUGCAAUGCCUUUUCCAGAACAAGUUGGUAUAUGUACAAUGUGUAUAUAAAUGGACAUGUUCUCUCUGGCUUAGCUACUGUACCCAUGUGUCUCAUGUUUCAAACUUUCUGUACUGAAAUAUGAAAUGAAGAACAAUAUCUGGCAUGAUAUUGCUUGUCUUCUCUGUUUCAAUUAGAUGCAAAUGCAAAUAUGGGGGAGAUUUUGUUAGAUAGUAUGUAAGAAGAGUGUUUCACCGUCUGGAUUAUACUAAAUUAUUAAAGUACCAAAAACAAUCAGAUGGAGCAGCUGUGCUCGUUAUCAGAGGUCCCAUGUUAUCUAGCAAAAAUGCCAAGAAUAAAUAAAAAAAUGAAAU